UAAUUUGGGGAAGCGGCCCCAGAAGUAUAAAUCCACUGGCACUUCCCUCCUCAGAUUAACCAACUUCCUCAUACUCAUCACGAAGAGAAAGCCCAUUGACUCUCAGUUUCGCUGCCAAAAAUGAAGAUCUCCGCUGCCAUUUCUACUGCCCUCUUGGCCGUUAGUGCCGCUGCGUUCGACAAGAACCAACCUUGGGGCAAGCGCGACUACAACUGUGUCAACGUCUUCCAGGGCAUCCCUGACAACUCCACUGUCGCUCCCGGCGCCGAGAUCAACAUCAAGUUCGACCGCAAGUCCCAGAACUGCGAGACUCUGACCCAGUACAAAGGAUCGGAUUAUUCCCUCUACCUCUACAACAACCCUGUUAGAAACCUUGACACUAUCAAGUUCGACAAGGAAAUUGCGAUUAGGCAGCACGACAUCCCCGAGCAGGAUGGUGCUGUCACGAUCACCAUCCCAUCUCAGGAGGAGCUCGGCACCGUUGCGGACGACAGCGUUUGGUAUCUCCGUCUCUCUACCAGCUUGAACGAUGCCCCACAGAUGCCUACUCUCUUCAAUGCCGCUGGACCUUUCGCCAUUCGUGCUUAA